AAGGGAAAAAAAAAAGAAGAAUUACUAUGACAAAAAUUAAGAACAACAACUAUGGACAAUAAUAAUUUAAAACACAGCAUCAUAUUGCAAAGGUGGUGUGGCUUGGUGAGGUAAUAUUAAUUAUCUCUUUUUUUAUCUAAUUUUUGGUUAAAUAUAUAAUGUCAUCUAUUGCCGAUCAAAUUGAAAAAACUCUUGCAGAAAAGGAACAUUUGGCUGAAGAAAUUCUGAUUAACAAACAAGCAGUUGUUGAUUAUGAUCGUAAAAGAAAUUCGAAUAGAGAAGCGCUUUCACAACUAAAAAAGAUGGAAGAUAAAAAAACAUGGACAUUUUUUGGUGAUAUGUUUAUUAAAUUACCAGCCAAAGAUACAAAAAUGCUUAUCGAGAGGGAUCAAAAAUUAUUAGAUGAAAAGAUUGAUAUAGCAAGAGAUAUAAUGAAACGGAAUACGAUUGCAAUCCAAGAAAUGGAAGGCAAAAAUGAUGUACAUGGAUUUAAUUUAAAAGGUAUAACAGCAACUGACUUGUAUAGUAAUGUAAAGAAAUAAACGAGAACAAGUGCACAAAUAUAUGACCUGGCCUAUAUCUUUGAUAAAAUAUA